AUGGGAUUUUUAAAGAGUCUUGUUGAAGGACUAUUGGAAUAUGAAACACAGAAAGUGGUACAAAUUCAUUCAAAGAAAAUUGGAGUCACAUUUAGACUCAUACAAUUAGGAAUUAUUCUCUAUGUUGUACUAUGGGUGAUGAUCUAUGAAAAAGGUUAUCAAUCAUUUGAUCAAGCAGUGAGUGGAGUGACUGCCAAAUUGAAAGGUGUCGCUUUUGCCAACGUGACUAAUAAUCCAUCACUUGGAGCCACUGUUUGGGAUGCGGCUGAUUAUGUGAUACCACCACAACAGAAUUCAGCAUUCUUUGUGAUGACCAAUUUGAUUUAUACACCUGGACAGACAUUGGGACAUUGUGAAGAAUCGCACGAUGUUUUUGGUAAUAGUUGUCAUAAUGAUUCACAAUGUCACUCUGGACAGUUAGUUCAACGUGGUAGUGGGAUACAAACAGGUAAAUGUGUGAAUUCUACAAGGCAAGCAAAUUUACGUGUAUGUGAAAUAUAUGGUUGGUGUCCUACAGAACAUGGUGUUAUUCCGAGACCUCAUUUAUUAUCAUCAGCAGAGAAUUUCACAGUAAUACUGAAAAACAGUAUCGAAUUUCCACGUUAUCGAAUAAAGCGCAGGAAUAUACUUAAAUGGAUGAGUCGUUUAUUUUUGAAAACCUGUUUAUAUAAUCCAAAUGAUGAUAAAUUGAAAUAUUGCCCGAUUUUUCGUCUCGGUGAUAUACUGAAAUAUUCUGAUCCAGUAAAUAAAGAUAUAUGGGAGACUGGUGGUAUGGUAUCAAUUCACAUUGAAUGGAAUUGUAAUUUAGAUUUCGAUGAGGAGAAGUGUUUACCGAAAUAUGUAUUUCGUCGAUUAGAUGACUUUGAGAGUAAUGUGGCGAAUGGAUGGAAUUUUCGAUUUAGUCAACAUUACAUUGAUGGUGGUGUACGUAAACGUAAUUUGAUUAAAGCUUAUGGUAUCCAGUUUUUUAUAACAGUGUAUGGAACUGGUGGUAAAUUCAAUAUUUUAACAUUUUCAAUGAACUUUGGUUCUGGAUUAGCACUACUCGGUAUAGCAACAGUUCUAUGUGAUAUGAUCAUAUUGAAUACAACUAGAAAACGUAGUGUAUAUCGAAAGGCUAAAAUUGAUUAUAUUGCUGAAAAACGCCGUAAACAACAAGAAGAAGAGCUGAAGAAUAAAUGUAAAGAAAAUGAUUUUGAUACAAUGAAAAAUAACGAUAAUAAAUCGUUUGAAUUGAAACUUUAUCCCGGUAAUUAUCAUCUUGACGAAAUGAAUACUGAUAAAGUGCGAAUUUACGAUCGAAAUAGUUUAUCAAUCUAUGAUCCUGUUUCACACCCCAUGUGGGUAGAUAAUAAUAAUGAAUGUAAAAAACGAGAAAUGAGUAAGUGUCAUUUACUUAUUUCAAAAAAUGAACAACUUUCUUUAGAUCAACCAAGUUUUCUUGGAUUUCAUCAUACUCCAUCAACAUCUUCAUCACAAAUUAUCAACAAUAAAAGAGAAUCAAAUAGUGAAAAUAAUUUAACAAAUCGAAUAACUAAUCCUUUAAAUGAAUGUUUCACUUCUAUUCCUUAUAGAAAUGAGAAUAAUAAUAUCUCUUUUCUUAAAAAGAAUACUACAUCAAUCAAUGAUCUUAUUUACACUACAACUAAGCAUUCAAUACAAAAUUCAAAAUAUAUUCAAUGUGAUUUAAAGUCAACACAAUUGUCAACAUUUAUGAAAGAGUCAAAUUUGAAAGCUACUACUACUACUACUACUCAUACUACUAAUAAUACUACUCAUACUGAAAUUGAAUUAUUAAAAACUAUCUCAACAUUACCAAAGUGUUGUACAUCAUUUAUAAGACCAACAAUUAAUCCUCAACCAAAUAUUCUUAUCUACCCAAGAAAAUAGACUGGAGAAAGAAAAAAAACAAAAAAAUUCAUACAAUCUAUUACAUGUAAGAGGGUACAAAUUGUUUUUUUU